AUGGAUUCAGGUGCAGCAGGAGAAAGCUCCGCCGCAGACGAUUACGAGUCCUUGAUGUCGACCACUGAUGCGGAGCUGCUGAAGAGCGCGUGGCGGAACGAGAAGGCGGCGCCGGAGAUCCUCAAACAUGACGCCGAUUUAGUCCAGAGGUCCCGCCAACAGAUCCAAUUAAUGGAAGAAAUGGUAGACGAUUUCAGUCAAAACAGUGUUGAUCCACUCACAAUAUCCCUUUACCAGAUGGACUUGGACAGGACCAUGUUUCUGUUGAGAUCAUAUCUUCGCACUCGCCUUCAGAAGAUCGAAAAAUAUGUUUUCCACAUACAGAAAAAUGCCGAAAUAUGGAAUCGACUAUCUAAACAAGAACAGAAGUUUGCCAGGAGGUACGCUGGAGACAUAAAACAACACCUGGAACAAUCUGUUCUCUCAAAAUUGCCAGAUCAAUAUCAGUCUCAUUUAAGGCAAUCUGCAGCAAGUGAGGAUGAUGACAUGGUUCCAGAGCCGCAGCUGGAUGCUUAUGUUGUAUGCCGAAGCAAGAGAUAUUUAGGUGCUUUCCAGCUUGAUGACGGUGGAGAAGAACCUGUUACCAUUGAGGCCAAUGAUUUGUAUGCCUUACCAUACAAGUCUAUAAAGCCACUUGUAGAGAGUAAGCAAAUUGAUCUCGUUUGA